AUGGCAUCCGAUAACCGAAAGCCCCAGUGGUAUCGGGAACAAGUUCAAAGCAUUAAUCCUGAUGCCCAACGGCUUUUAGAAAAUUAUAGCCAUCUUGCACCCGACGAAGUUCUCCCCCAUGUUCUGUCAUUGCGAGAUGAAGCCUUUGCGGUCUUCCAUUAUGCAUGCAUUGGCCAAAUGCGCUUUCUAUCCUUCAACUUGUCCCACAUGCCGUUUUACAAGAAAUUGCUAGAAAGGCUCCAAUCAAACCCUACGGCAGUCUUUUUAGAUGCAGGAUGCUGCUUUGGACAGGAGAUUCGUUUCUUGGCAGAUCAAGGAAUUCCAGGAAGUCAGCUUUUUGGCUGUGACCUUGAACAGGUGUUUAUUGAUCUCGGUUAUCAGCUCUUUCGAGACAAGGAUACACUGGAUGCAAAGUUUGUGACUGGAGACCUCACUGAAGACGAUGAUCAAUUCCAUAGUGGCCGGUUGUCACAGGAACUCGCUGGCAAAAUCGACGUGAUAUUCGCCAGCUCUCUAUUUCACAUGUGGGACUAUGAUACUCAGCUUAGAGUCGCUACUAGAAUGGCUAAGUUCUGUACUGACAAAGAAGGUGUGAUGAUCUCUGGACGACAGAUGGGAAGUCUAGUUGGUGGUCACUACAACAUGGCAGGCAUGAAGGAUGGAGCAAUGCACUACCGACAUGACACCAAGACAAUGGAAGACUUUUGGAGAAAGGUCGGUGAAGCCACCCAGACCGUGUGGAAGCUCGAGUCCGGUCUCUACUGGGGACAGGAACUUGACCAGACAAAAGAUGCACCUUGGUUUGAUGAUAACUUGCGAAUGAUGUGGUGGUGUGCAACAAGACAAUAG